UGCCGUCCAGCGGCCCUGGGUCUCGCGCUCCGCAAAGCGACAAGAGUCUCUCCCGCCUCGUUCCUACGCCUCCGCGCGCUCUCCCUCAGCAGCCACCGCGUAACCCACCCGCAGCUCGCUGUCUCGGACUCGGACUCGAGGUCGCGCGCCCUGACUCCGCCUACUUCCCCCCGCGGACUCGCGCCCUCCGGGCCCGGCCUGUCACUCGCGCAGGCCGCCGAGCGCUCGCUUCACGCUCGCCUCACGCUUCCCGGGCGCUCUCGCGCUUUCCGAGGCGAGCGCGCUCCCGGCCCGCGCGCUCCGGGCUCUGGCUUUUCCCGGCUCCCGUCAGUGCGGUGACUGCGCUGGGAAACAUGGCGACCGAGGGGAUGAUCCUCACUAACCACGACCAUCAAAUCCGGGUCGGAGUCCUCACAGUGAGUGAUAGUUGCUUCAGGAAUCUUGCAGAAGAUCGCAGUGGGAUAAAUCUCAAAGAUCUUGUACAAGAUCCUUCUUUGUUGGGUGGGACUAUAUCAGCAUACAAGAUAGUACCAGAUGAAAUAGAAGAAAUCAAGGAAACCCUGAUAGAUUGGUGUGAUGAAAAGGAACUUAAUUUGAUACUAACAACUGGAGGAACAGGGUUUGCGCCACGAGAUGUCACUCCAGAGGCCACAAAAGAAGUAAUAGAACGGGAAGCGCCAGGGAUGGCCCUGGCAAUGCUGAUGGGAUCACUUAAUGUUACACCUCUGGGCAUGCUCUCUAGGCCUGUAUGUGGAAUCAGAGGGAAAACUCUUAUAAUUAACUUGCCAGGUAGCAAGAAAGGAUCUCAGGAAUGCUUUCAGUUCAUACUGCCAGCCCUACCUCAUGCCAUUGACCUUUUACGUGAUGCCAUUGUAAAAGUAAAAGAAGUGCAUGAUGAACUUGAAGAUUUACCUUCCCCACCACCACCUCUUUCCCCUCCUCCCACAACUAGCCCCCAUAAACAGACAGAAGACAAAGGGGUUCAAUGUGAAGAAGAGGAAGAAGAGAAGAAAGAUAGUGGUGUUGCUUCAACAGAAGAUAGUUCUUCAUCACAUAUAACUGCAGCAGCCAUUGCGGCCAAGAAGCAUCCAUUCUACACCAGUCCUGCUGUUAUCAUGGCACACGGUGAGCAGCCCAUCCCUGGUCUCAUCAGUUAUUCCCAUGAUGCAACAGGCAGUGCAGAGGAACCGAUUCCAGACUCCAUCAUUUCUCGUGGCGUUCAGGUGCUCCCACGAGACACAGCCUCCCUCAGCACUACUCCUUCAGAAUCUCCUCGUGCUCAGGCUACAUCUCGCCUUUCUACAGCUUCCUGCCCAACACCAAAACAAAUUAGACGGCCGGAUGAAAGCAAAGGAGUUGCUAGUAGAGUUGGAUCCCUCAAACUCCAUCGAAAGCUGGAGGAGCUCAGAGAUCACCUAGAAGGCAAUGUGAAAGGAUACUCUCUCAGAGUAAAUGUCCAGUCCAGGUGCAGCAGCAAGGAGAACAUUCUCAGAGCCAGUCACAGUGCUGUCGAUAUCACCAAGGUGGCUAGAAGACACCGCAUGUCUCCUUUUCCUCUAACAUCUAUGGACAAAGCCUUUAUCACAGUCCUGGAGAUGACUCCGGUGCUUGGGACAGAAAUCAUCAACUACCGAGAUGGAAUGGGGCGAGUCCUUGCUCAAGAUGUAUAUGCAAAAGACAACCUACCCCCGUUCCCAGCAUCAGUAAAAGAUGGCUAUGCUGUCCGAGCUGCCGAUGGCCCAGGAGAUCGUUUCAUCAUUGGGGAAUCCCAAGCUGGUGAACAGCCGACUCAGACAGUAAUGCCAGGACAAGUCAUGCGGGUUACAACAGGUGCUCCAAUCCCCUGUGGUGCUGAUGCAGUAGUACAAGUAGAAGAUACUGAACUGAUCAGGGAAUCUGAUGAUGGCACUGAGGAGCUUGAAGUACGAAUUCUGGUGCAAGCUCGGCCAGGCCAAGAUAUCAGACCCAUUGGCCAUGACAUUAAAAGAGGGGAAUGUGUUUUGGCCAAAGGAACCCACAUGGGCCCCUCAGAGAUUGGUCUUCUGGCAACUGUAGGUGUCACAGAGGUUGAAGUUAAUAAGUUUCCAGUGGUUGCAGUCAUGUCAACAGGGAAUGAGCUGCUAAAUCCUGAAGAUGACCUCUUACCAGGAAAGAUUCGAGACAGCAAUCGUUCAACCCUCUUAGCAACAAUUCAGGAACAUGGAUACCCCACAAUCAACUUGGGAAUUGUGGGAGACAACCCAGAUGACUUACUCAAUGCCUUGAAUGAGGGUAUCAGUCGUGCUGAUGUCAUCAUCACAUCAGGGGGUGUGUCCAUGGGGGAAAAGGACUAUCUCAAGCAGGUGCUGGACAUUGAUCUUCAUGCCCAGAUCCAUUUUGGCAGGGUUUUUAUGAAACCAGGCCUGCCAACGACAUUUGCAACUUUGGAUAUUGAUGGUGUAAGAAAAAUAAUCUUUGCACUACCAGGGAAUCCUGUGUCAGCCGUGGUCACCUGCAAUCUCUUUGUUGUGCCUGCACUGAGAAAGAUGCAAGGCAUCUUGGAUCCUCGGCCAACCAUCAUCAAAGCCAGGUUAUCAUGUGAUGUAAAACUGGAUCCUCGCCCAGAAUACCAUCGGUGUAUACUGACUUGGCAUCACCAAGAACCACUACCUUGGGCACAGAGUACAGGUAAUCAGAUGAGCAGCCGUCUGAUGAGCAUGCGCAGCGCCAACGGAUUAUUGAUGCUUCCUCCAAAGACAGAGCAGUAUGUGGAGCUCCACAAGGGCGAGGUGGUGGACGUCAUGGUCAUCGGACGGCUAUGAUGGUCACCAGUGGGAGAAAGCUUUGAUGCAUGUCUACAUACCAUUGACUGUAUCCUGUAAUAUGCAACGGCACAGCUAGUUUUUCUGAUUUGGAUAAAAGUUGAUCUGUAUGGUCAACAUCUUGAACUAUAUUUCAAAAGAAUUUAAAUACCUUUUAAAGAAAAAAACACCUAAAAAUAAAUCUUAACAGACAACUCUAUUCUGAUUAUAUCAAAGCAAAUUUUUCCUUUCUUGCAAAUUGCUUUGUGUGUUCAAUGCUAGGUCUGAUAGCGAUAGCUUUUAGUAGACAGCAGUAGGUGCCUGCAGAACUUGUGUUUUUCUCAUCUUUAAAAUACAACUACUUAUGCUCUUAAAUCAAGGCUGUCUGCUUAUUUAUACUAGCGUAGGCAACACUUGGAUUUCCCUUCUUAGUAUGCUUCAUAACCGCUUUACAGAGAGCUUUUGCUUGUUCUUUAUCAUGUAUCUCGUGUUUAUGUGCACAGUGCCAAACAAAGAGUGACUGGGUGGUGGCCCUGCCCUGCCUCAAGGAGAACCAUCCCCACAGAGCGUUCGGGGUUGGGGGGGCUUCACAUCCCAGUAGCCUCAAGGCACAGUACUCUUGGGCAGUAACUGGAUACCUUUUAUUUGAACAAACAAACUGGGGGGAAAAAAUGCUUCCUUAAGUGCUGACAGCCUUUUUAACCAAUACAUUUAAAAUUGUACAGAAUAAAAAAUAAAAUCAAAGACUGAUCUUGUACAGAUAUUAGUGUUACCAGCAUUCAUGUGGAAAUCAAGAGCAAAGAAAAAACAAUGUUAAACAACUCUGUACCAUAACAUUUUCUGUAAUGAUACUGAAACUUAAUGAAUAAAAAAAAUC